GCGGCGAGGCUUUGGUUUGUGGCUGCGGCGGCCGCCGAUAGCGCGGAGCGGGCGGCAGCAUGCCUGGAAGAGCCGUGGGGCCGCUCGGACGGGGGCCCGGAACGAGUGGCUUACUCGCCCUUACUUAGGGGCAGGUCUGCGCCUUGCGCGCCCCCGCGCGAAGGGCUUUCUUUCAGUGAUUUCAGCUCUUUUAGUAUUUGUCCAGCAGGUUUCCCGCCCCGCGGGAAGCCCCACUGUGCGGUGCAAUGGUAGGGCGGGGCCGCGAAGGGGCGGCGCUUGCGGUGUGAGGAGGGAGGUGGGCGGCUGGCGGUGAGGGGCAGCGCGGGCCCUCAUGGCGGCCUCCGCCCAGGCUCCGCCGCCGGCGCUUAGCGCGGAGCAGGCGAAAGUGGUGCUGGCCGAGGUGAUCAAGGCCUUCGGGGCUCCUGAGAACGUGCAGCGCAUGGACGAGGCCCGGGAGAACGCGUGUAACGACAUGGGCAAGAUGCUGCAGUUCCUGCUGCCCGUGGCCACGCAGAUCCAGCAGGACGUGAUCAAGGCCUACGGCUUCAGCAGCGACGGCGAAGGGGUGCUGAAGUUCGCCCGCCUGAUCAAGUCCUACGAGUCGCAGGACCCGGAGAUCGCCAGCAUGUCGGGAAAGCUGAAGGCUCUGUUCCUGCCCCCCAUGACGCUGCCGCCGCACGGGGCUGGCAUUGGCGGGGUGGCCGCCUCGUGACGCCGCCGCCUGGGCUGAUGCGGGUGGACCCCGGGGCUCCGGCCGGAGCCUUCCCUCGCGGCUGGGGCUGUGCGCUGCUGCUCAGUCGGCCCCGGGGAAAUGAACGGUUGGACGAGGAAGCUGAUGGCGUGAGACGAAGUGGCUUCUUUGUGCAUGUUUCUUUUUCUGGCUGUGAAUAAAAGACGUCUCGAAAGUGCCCUCAUUGACUUAUGAAUGGGCGUAAGGUGGUGCUGCUAUGCAGGUAUAGGUCCUUCUUCCUGAUGCAGGGCAGU